GCCAAGAGAGGUUGGGCAAACUUUCAUCCUCUAUCACCUACUUCAUGUAUAUUUAUUUGGGGGAUAUAUAUAUAUAAAAGAGGGGUUAGGUCAAAAGCCUCAAAAGCAUAAAGGAAAGGAAAACAGCACAAGAGAGAAAAACAACCUAAGAAAAAUAAUGAUCAGGCUAUUCCUAUCCCUUAAGAAAUCUGCCAACAAAAGCGGAGGCAUGGCCUCAAACAAAGUGACACCAGAGAGAGUAUGACCAAGAGUAGCUAACUUAUCCGCACAAUAAUUCCCUUUCCGAUAAAUAUGAGAGCAAACAGCAGUAAUACCCAAUUGAAAACAAUUAUGUCAACGAUUCCGCACACGAAAAGGAAUAGAAUCCGGCUUUUUAAAUACAAAGGAUCGCAUUUGAGGAAUCAUUUUCCAACCAGAUCACGUGCCAAUUAUAUUGAGCAACAAACUCCAAUGCUAAAAUCAAGCCGAAAUAUUGUGUCGACAGUCAAUUUGGACUGUAAGUUGGACCUUAAUUCCAUCAAGCUUCAAGCUCCUACUGCAGAGUAUAAUCCCCAGCGUCAUCCUGCUGUGAUUAUGAGGAUCAGGGCACCAGAAUCAAAAGCACAAAUUAAUUCUUUUGGAAUGAUGGUCUGUACUGGAACUAAGAGUGAGAGCCAGUCAAAAUUGGCGGCAAGUAAAUAUGCAGCAAUCAUCCGGAAGACGGGCUUCCCUACUAAAUUUAAGGAUUUUAAGAUUCAGGAAAUUGUUGGCUCCUGUGAUGUCAAGUUUCCCAUACACCUUCAACGUCUUGCUCAUUCCCAUGCCGCUUGCUCUAGUUAUAACCCAGUGUUGUUUCCUUGGCAAAUCUAUGAAAUGAAGCAAGCAAAGAUAGUCUUACAUAUAUUCGACUCGGGAAAAAUUCAUCUAAAAGGAACCAAGUCGAGAGAUGAGAUUUUCACAGCCUUUGAGAACAUAUAUCCAGUGCUUACUGAGUUCAGGAAAAACCAACAAUGGUAUGGAUAAAGCUCUAUUUUAGCUAUCUUUUGAAUUGGUGGUUCUUUAUUUUUGCUUUGCUUUCUUCCAUCAACUGUCAGAUUAACCCUCCAUUCUUUUUAAUGGAAUGAUGGAAUAUGUCAUGUAGAUUUCGGAUAUUUGUUAAUAAUGGCAGAUCAUCGUCAAGAGCGUCAAGAGCAAGGUUUACUGGCCAAGAAGGCCGUCUAUCUCGUGGGCUUGAUCGAGCUGUAAAUUGUGACUGUAGAAAUUUGGAUUUUUGAGAUGAACUAUGCCCCCUUUAUUUUCCUCUUCCUUGGUGAGAAGAGUAAAAAUAACCAUGGUCUCAAGUAUAUUCGAACACUGUAAGUUAGAUGAGAAGGACCAUAUUAGAAAGAUCCAUAGAGAACAUUAACGAUAGCAGCAAAACAUACAUAAGUGAAAAAUUCUAACUCACUUCUCAACAUAUCAAACGUCUAUACAGUCUUUUAUCAUCUAAGUUGUACUUAUUUAUGUGAUACGAAAAGUAACGUGAUGUGAUGGGUAAAAAACCAA